UACCAUUUAAUUUGGAAGCAUAAUUAAUUUCCUCUUCAGGAUCCAGCAUGGCUGGAUGGUUUCAGUCCUGGAUCAGGUGACAGAUCAGAGAGCAUCCUCUUAGUCAAAGCAGAAUUUUAUGACGGAGGGAAUGGGCUGUUGGGUACCUCGGCAGACAUUACUCUGGCAUCCUGCGUCCAGGCCAGAGCUGUGCUCUACAUUAGAAAAACUUUGAGCAAAUAAAGCCACAAGUAUCUUAACGCUGCAGAAUGGGAAGUGGAAUUAGCUCAGAGAGCAAGGAGUCAGCCAAAAGAUCCAAGGAACUGGAGAAAAAGCUCCAAGAAGAUGCUGAGCGAGAUGCACGAACUGUAAAGUUGCUACUAUUAGGCGCAGGGGAAUCUGGAAAAAGUACUAUCGUUAAGCAAAUGAAGAUCAUCCACAAGAAUGGCUACACUGCACAAGAAUGCAUGGAGUUCAAAGCAGUCAUUUACAGCAACACCUUGCAAUCCAUCCUAGCUAUUGUGAAAGCUAUGGGGACCCUGGGGAUUGAUUAUGUAAAUCCCAGAAGUGCAGAAGACCAGCAACAGCUUUGUGCUAUGGCAAACACCAUGGAAGACGGUACUAUGACGCCUCAGCUGGCUGAGAUCAUCAAACGACUGUGGAGGGACCCAGGAAUUCAGGCCUGCUUUGAAAGAGCAUCUGCUUAUCAGCUCAAUGACUCAGCAGCCUACUACCUGAAUGACUUAGAUAGAAUCACAGCUCCCGGGUAUGUACCAAAUGAGCAAGAUGUUCUACACUCUCGAGUGAAAACAACUGGGAUCAUCGAAACUCAGUUCUCCUUUAAAGACUUGCACUUCAGAAUGUUUGAUGUAGGUGGACAGAGAUCAGAGAGGAAGAAAUGGAUUCACUGCUUUGAAGGAGUUACGUGCAUCAUAUUUUGUGCUGCACUCAGUGCCUAUGACAUGGUCCUGGUGGAGGACGAAGAAGUGAACAGAAUGCAUGAAAGCCUCCACCUGUUCAACAGCAUCUGCAACCAUAAGUAUUUUGCCACCACCUCCAUUGUCUUGUUUCUCAAUAAAAAAGAUCUCUUUCAAGAAAAAGUCACCAAGGUGCAUCUCAGCAUCUGCUUCCCAGAAUAUACUGGGCCAAAUACAUUUGAAGAUGCUGGAAACUACAUCAAGAAUCAGUUUCUGGACUUGAAUUUAAAAAAAGAAGACAAGGAAAUUUAUUCCCACAUGACCUGUGCUACUGAUACACAAAAUGUCAAGUUCGUGUUUGAUGCAGUGACAGAUAUAAUAAUCAAAGAGAAUCUGAAAGACUGUGGCCUCUUCUAAUCAACCCUCUGCCUUCUACUCUUGCUGGAGUACUUCAGGAUAUAAAAAGGGCUGUGUUAUUAGUUUGAAUAGCUGGUAGCUUACCUAGAAAUAUAACUAGCAUUAUAAAUCAAGAUGUUUUCACACAAAAAAUUUCCAUGUGUUGUCAUCUGUAUCUGAAUAAGUUUUAAUUUCUCUGGGUUAUGGACAAUGGGGUUUUUUUAUGUUCUUAUGGCUUAAAACUGAUAUAUUUUGGUAACUGAAAUAGUAUACAUUAGUAUCAGGGAAUUUUCUUGGAAAUAAACUCCUUCAUGUGGCCUAAUUUUAAUCAUAAAAUAAUGAAAAUUCAGAGUACUCUGUAUUAUUUCUACUAGCCAUAUUUUGAAAGACUUUCACUUUUGCUGACAAAUGUAAUCAUGUUUGUAUGCAGGGACUAUUAAAAAUGGUUUGAGUCAUUUUA